GCUGUGAGGUUUGAUCUCGGCUUCUUCACAGCAUUAUUUACAAGAUGGUGCUUUGUGAGUGAACUGAGUAAACCUUUUCAGGACCAUAAACGUUAGUAACGUAUGUUAACAUGGAUAAAAAGAAGAAGCAGUACAGUGUGACCGCUUCGUCGCUAGUUGACCUAAAAGCGGAGCUUUAUCGGAAGCAAGAAGCAUUCAAACAGGAACGACUUGCCCAAGAUGUGGGAACUGCACCCAAAUCACACAGCAAAGUAAAGAAGCCUAGUAUUUGGAGCAAACAGAAUGAAGGUGUGUCUGCACGUGCUCAGAGGGAUGUAGAGCAAACUGCAGAGGAAGAACAAAAUUUAGACAAAUCAAGGCAGAGGUUGGAGGAGAAGGCACGACUCUAUGAACAGAUGACUAAAGGGGAUUUCCCAGAUGAGGAGACUGAAAGUCUUUACUUGGUUGACUUCACCCAGAAGAUUAUUGAGCAGAAGAAACAGUUGCACAGCAGAGAGAUUGAGAAAGGAGACAGAGAUGGAGAAGAGUCUGACACGCACAUUCCUAUCCUACCCCCACAGAAUGCAGAUGAAGAAUGGGUGGACUAUGUUGAUGCUUUGGGUCGAUCAAGGAGGUGUUUGAGAAAAGAUUUACCUGAGUUUCAGAAACUGGAUCAAGAUUUACAGAACAAAAAAGUGGCUGGACCUGAAAAGACUCUGUUAUCUGAAGAUAUGAGGAGAGAGCUGCAGAGAGAACAGUGGGAAAGGGAGGAAGAGGAGCAGAUGAAGAGACCUGUGGGUCCCCUUCACUAUGAAAACAUCCGAGAUCAAGAGGCCAGAGACCUGGGUGUUGGAUACUUUGCUUUUUCUCAAGAUGAGGAACAACGUAGAAAACAGAGAGAAACUUUGGAUAUGCUAAGAGACCAGACCACAGACCAACGUACCAAGCGAGAGCAGCUAAAGGACAAGAGGAAAGCUCUGCUUGAGGCUCGAUUGGCAAAAGUGAGGAUGAGGAGGAUGAAGAAAAGCAAGCUGGAGUCAGGAACUGAAGAGCGAGAAGCUUCUGCUGCUGGUGGAGAUGUGGAUGAAGAUGAAGCUGAGGCUGAUUAUUUGAUUGGGCCUCCUGCCCCUGAGGCUGCAGUACAGAAGGUGGAGGUCGAAAUUCAAGAGAGAAAGGACACUAGACCAGGGGUGCCAUAUGUCAGAGAAUGGGAUAAAGGCAAAGAAUUCUCUUGGGGUCAGUGGACAAGUCGUCGUCGUGAGGAGCGGGAUACAGAGUUUGCCCCGCCCUCUUUGUAUUUCACAGACAACAGAAAAGCUGGUCAUGUCCGGUCUGGAGAAGAGAGCCGGAGCAAAGGAAAACUUGCCUUCAAAUGGUCUGAAACGCAGAGGGGAUUGUUUCAAGACGGCAUAGAAAGACAGACACAAAAUACACAUGUGCCUUUUACAGAGCAGUCUAAAUGUUCACAACCUCAACAAAAACCAGAAGCUCCUGUGCAGACACAGAGUGUGGAUGACCUUUUGUCCUUCUACAAACACUCAGUUUGAACUUUGAUUUCUUUCUGAACAUUUGUUAUUAAAUAGUGGGGUGUAUUUAUUCCUCUUAUAUUGUUCUUUAAUUAGUCGAGAGAUUCAUAAACAAUUCCUCUCAUAGAAGAAGUGCUCUGAGUUGCAUUUGUUCACUUCUUAAAAUUUCAGUUGUGCAGUGGAUCUAGAGAGUAGCAUAUGGCACAUGGGUGUCAGGGCUGUAGCAGCAACAAGCUGGAUGAAAUAUGGGAAACAUAAAGCAAGUGGCUUGGCAAAUGACACAUGUAAUAUAUAAGGGAUGCCUUUCCUGUAGAGUUUGUCAUUGUAUUAAAGAGAGAUCUAAGAAAUCA